GAUGUUGUCCAACUUGAAUUACCAGUUACAGAGGUGCAGCAGUUGUUGUCUGCUUGCUUGGAAAAAAUUGACGUGUCUAGUGCAGAAGGCUAUGAUUUGUUUAUUAUGCAGCUGAAAGAUGGCUUCAAAAAUACCUCACAUGAGACAGCAGCAAAUCAUAAGGUUGCCAAGUGGGCGACUGUCACAUUUCAUCUUCCUCAUCAUGUGUUAAAGUCUGUGACUGGUGCCAUUGUGAAUGAGCUGAAGAAAAUAAAUCAAAACAUUGCUGCACUGCCCGUAGCCUCUUCUAUAAUGGACAGACUGUCUUAUCUGCUACCUAGUGCCAGGCCAGAGCUUGGUGUUGGGCCUGGUCGGUCUGUAGAUCGGUCCUUGAUGUACAGUGAAGCAAACAGGCGAGAAACCUUUACAUCAUGGCCUCAUGUUGGUUACAGGUGGGCUCAACCAGAUCCCAUGGCUCAAGCAGGUUUUUAU